UAUCUUAGAAGUAUUAGCGUUAAGCUGGUAUCAACGUUUCUGACGCUUAUCACUCUCACCACCCUGGAACGAAGUCAAUAAGUGUUUUACGUCGCAGUGUUACAGACUUCGUGUGACAGUGCCAAUAAAAGAACUGACAUUUCAAGUUUAUCCGACACAACAGUGUUAUGCUCUUUUAUAUUAUGAGAGAUUUGUUGUAUAUUUGUUGUGAGACGGGCCAAGUGAGUGGGGGCAAGUCAAAGUGAAUAUCUGAUUUUGUGAAUUCUGUAUGGUGCUGAAAUCAUGUCGGUGCACCAUUAUGUACAAAAUGGACUCGGCCCUCCUCAGCCGCCUCCAAGAAGACGACACUCAUCAGUAAGCAGGCAGCGAGAAGUUACAUCGUCCAGGAUAUCUCAAAGACGAUCUGUGUGUUUGCCAUUACCCGAGACGCCUGUAGAGCCAACAACUAAACUGAGACUGAGAGUAAUAGCUGGGCACCAUUUAGCAAAGAAAGACAUAUUUGGAGCCAGUGAUCCUUAUGUUAGAAUAGAUCUCAAUACUGUCAAUGGAGAUGAAACUAUUGAUUCGGUACUUACAAAAACGAAGAAGAAAACGUUAAAUCCACAGUGGAAUGAAGAAUUUGUAUUUCGUGUGAAACCAGCUGAACACAAACUGGUGUUACAAGUGUUUGAUGAAAAUCGUUUGACACGGGAUGAUUUUUUGGGAAUGGUGGAGGUGAAUUUAUUAAAUCUUCCAAAAGAACAGGAAGGGCGAACAAUUCCACCAAAACAGUACACCCUGUUGCCGCGAAGGUUAGAUAAAUUUGCAAGAUCCCGAGUCAAAGGCCAUUUGGAACUCUAUAUUGCAUAUAUCAGAGAGCCGGGCAUACCAAAUACUGCACCGUCCCCUGCUGGUCAGGAAGUGAUGGGAACACCUCAGUCAGGCACUGCACCAACUGCAGAGCCAGAUGGUGAUUGGGAGAUGGUGGAUUCAGAAAACUCUGUGUCAGCACCAACUGAAACACCUGCCCAGGUAACUAUGAUGCCUUCCCGUCCAGCCCCACCGCGGCCUCCUCCUCCACCACCUAGAAGAUCACGUCCACCAUCUUUCCGGCGGCAAGACUCAGAGUGGGAAGUACUUGAGGCUGGUAGACCAGUUCAGCAGUCGGUACUCUCGCAGAACUCGGAACAACUGCCUCCCCUGCCAGCAGGAUGGGAAGAACGCCAGGAUGCUAAUGGUCGCACCUAUUACGUAAACCACAUUGCUCGUUCAACUCAGUGGGAACGACCCACCUUCACAAAUUUGGGUGUUUGCACUGACCAGAAUGUACGAGAACGAAGUUUGGAGUCUGCUGCUACGGAAUUUCAGCGUCGGUUUCACAUUAGUGUAGAUGAUGUAGAUUCCAACCGUAGAGAGAUCAACACAUCAUUGCAUCAGGAAAGUAUCGAGACUGAUAGUAAUCGUGGUGGUGAUGGUGACGGUGGUGGUGGUGUUCGUGGUGAUGGUGGUGGUGAUGAGGAUUAUGAUGGUGAUGAUGAAGACUUGGAUGAGCAAAUAUUGGAUCAACAGAUUCAUCUUUUAAAUGAAGAGAUUCAUCAGUUGUUAGGUGAUGGUGGUAGUGAUGAGAACAGUGAGCCAAUUCCUGAAGCUCCUAGUCCGGCAGCAUCUCCCAGGGAAUCGCAAACGUCAUCACCGUCUGAACAGCGUGUGUCUGUGACUAGUGCAAAUCAAACAAAUACAAUUAAUGCAGAAGGCUUACCUGUAGGCUGGUCUAUGCAGGUGGCACCCAAUGGUCGUGUGUUUUUCAUUGACCACAAUGAACGCUCUACAACGUGGGUUGAUCCAAGAACAGGUAGAGCGAGUCCUAUGCCUAAUCAGACAGCUCCACCAGUCAGAAAACCAGAGGAUGAGCUGGGCCCUCUGCCAGAGGGGUGGGAAGAGCGUGUUCAUACUGAUGGCCGGAUAUUUUUCAUAGAUCACAAUACGCGUACCACACAAUGGGAAGAUCCAAGAUUAUCGAAUCCUCAAAUAGCUGGGCCAGCAGUUCCUUAUUCUCGGGAUUACAAAAGAAAAUAUGAAUAUAUGAAAUCCCAGCUUAGAAAACCGAAUAAUGUUCCGAAUAAGUUUGAAAUUAAAGUAAGACGACAGAAUAUUUUAGAAGAUUCAUAUCGUAUCAUCAGCAGUGUCAAUAGACUUGAUUUGCUGAAAACAAAACUGUGGGUGGAAUUUGAAGGUGAAGUUGGUUUGGAUUAUGGUGGUUUAGCAAGAGAAUGGUUUUUUCUCUUGUCAAAGGAAAUGUUCAACCCUUAUUAUGGUUUAUUUGAAUAUUCUGCAAUGGACAACUAUACUCUCCAGAUCAAUCCAUUUUCAGGUUUAUGCAAUGAAGAACAUUUGAAUUAUUUUAGAUUUAUUGGCCGAAUUGCAGGAAUGGCUGUGUAUCAUGGUAAAUUGCUUGAUGCCUUUUUUAUCCGUCCAUUUUAUAAAAUGAUGUUGAAUAAGCCAAUUGACUUGAAGGACAUGGAGAGUGUUGAUUCAGAGUAUUACAAUUCACUUUUAUGGAUAAAAGAAAAUGAUCCAAGUGAAUUAGAACUGACAUUUUGUGUUGAUGAGGAAAGUUUUGGCCACUUUUCACAGCGUGAACUGAAACCUGAUGGAGCAAACAUUCCUGUUACAAAUGAAAAUAAAGAUGAAUAUAUUAGCCUUGUCAUACAGUGGAGGUUUGUUUCAAGAGUCCAAGAGCAAAUGAAUGCAUUUUUGAAUGGAUUUGAAGGUUUGGUGCCUUUGCCAUUAGUGAAAAUAUUUGAUGAACAUGAACUGGAAUUGCUUAUGUGUGGAAUACAAAACAUUGAUGUGAAAGACUGGAAACAAAAUACUCUUUACAAGGGUGACUACCACCCAAAUCAUAUAACAGUGCAGUGGUUCUGGAGGGUGGUGCUGUCUUUUAAUAAUGAAAUGAGAGCAAGACUUUUACAGUUUGUAACUGGUACAUCCCGUGUUCCAAUGAAUGGAUUUAAAGAGCUGUAUGGAAGUAAUGGUCCACAGUUAUUCACUAUAGAAAAAUGGGGCACACCUGAAAAUUACCCACGUGCACAUACAUGUUUUAAUCGUUUGGACCUGCCGCCUUAUGAAAGCUAUCAGCAGCUGAGAGAAAAAUUAAUCAAAGCAAUUGAAGGGUCACAAGGCUUCGCUGGAGUUGAUUGAAAAUGUCAUAUGUAGUUGGGUGAUCAAGCAGUGUAUGAUACUGUAAAUAAUAUAUUUUAAAUCAUUCACAUUUUCCUGAAAAUCCAGUAUAUCAAGACAAGUAGAUUUGUACAGCAACAAAAUUUGUUAUCUCACCUAAUUGUGGUGUGAAAUUUCUUUUGUGCUUUUUAAAUGUAAAUAUUUGUGACAUUUUCUUUAGUUUUUAAUGUGUACAUACUGCAUAUGAGAUGUGCCAGAGUUGUUAUAUGAACCUGUAAUUUACAAAUUCAGCUUUAUUACUCAUAAUUUGACUGAAAAUAAGGUAUUUUAAUACAUUUCCAGAGACGACAUUUUGUAGUAAAUGGCUAAUGACCUGUUUAGUAGUUAAUCUGAGGGUUUAUAUCAUCUUGAAAAAUGGAUAUAUCAAGAAAUAGGUAUAUACAAAAUUUUGGAUUGCAUAAUACCAGGCAUCAAUAUUUUAUGAAUCUUUUAAUGCAAGUUGACCUCCCUCAUGUUUCAUCUUGUAAACUUUAAUUUUUUAAGAAAAGGUAAAAAAAUCAGGGUAUUUGUAAAAAAAGUGUAAAAAUAGUGAAUAUAAUUUUUAGUAAGUUUUCCUGGUUUUCUUUUAUUCACUUUUGCUCAGUUUUUGAAGCAGAAAAACCAAAAACAAGGCUGUGACAUGUUUUAUUAUAUGUGAAUAUGAGACAUCUGUACAAUAUAUUAUCAAAUGUAGAAAGUAUCAUGAAAUUUAUAUAUAAACUUUCCUCCUGUCACUAUUCCCACCACCAUCACAUCAAAGUAUUUGAAUUCUAAUAACAUUAAAAAAUGUAGAACUAGUUAAGUAGUAUGACACAUUUGUUAUUGAGGUCUUUCACUGUGUCAUAUGUCCUUUUCAGCUGGUACCUGCGUAACAAACGCAGAAUGUUUAGAUUAUGAGCUUGAAGCAUUUAUUAAUCUACUGAAUUAAAGAACAGAUAAUACUCUAAAAAUUAAAAUAAACAGUAAAUGACUCAUGAAUUCUCAUAAUUUUUUCUAAUGGCUGUAUUUUAAGAGAGGCGAAAUAACUUCACAUUAAGUACUGUAAAAGUGAGUAGCAAUUUACCCUCAGAUUAACUUACGUUCUGCAUAGUAGUGUCUUAAAUACCAUAGUGGAUGUGCUAUUAUGGUUACAAACUGUGAUGAUUAAUGGUGAUAUUUUAUUGAAUCCCUUUAACUUCAUUAUUGACUUCUUGAAUGUCUGUUCCUAUCUGAAAUUUGAAUGACACACACACACAUGGUGUUUUGUGUACAUGUCUUUCAUAGCAAUACAAUAGAAUUCUGAUGCCACAGUUCUAACUUAUCAUAUGGUUUGUUAUUUCACUGUAUUGUUUGUAUUUAUUCCCAUAUUGCUCAAAUGUAUUAUCAGACACAAAGGGACAAGUUACUAUUUUAAACAUCUUUGCCAGAAGGUAUAACAACAUAUGUUUAGGUUAAAUAUCGGUGAUCUGUGUUAAUGGGGUUCCAGUUUUCUUGUGUUCUCUAGAUUUCUUCCGCUUCAAACAAAUAUAAGUACUUAAAAUGUUAAACACAUCUUACCUAAAUGCAUAAACAAGCAGGACUGGUUGCUCCUAUAUAAGGCAACUUAAGUUUUACUUUUUAAUUUAUAUUAAAGCAGGGAAAACAUCAAAAGCUUGUCAGCCCAUAAUUAACUUCCAAAGCAUCUCAUUGAUACUAUCAUCACUACUAACAAAAGUUCAGUUCUUUAAAAACUAAUUAAUUCUCAAUUCAUUGAAGAAAAUAAAUGCAAAAUAUAAUAUGGGUUACAUGUAUUACACGCAACUGAACACAGCUGUUAACAUUUUGUGCACUCUUUGCAACCAAUUCUAAUCUCCAAAAUAUCUUAUGUCACAUCACCCUUUGUGAAAGCACUAAAAGUGAAUUCCGGUGAGAAAAACAGUUAAUCACAACACAUUUUGUCAUAAAAACACAAUUUUGUGUGUCCUUUCAUGUCAUUAAAGUGAAUAUAUCCCUGGAAAUAGUUUGAUUGGAUAGUGAAUUUGUGUUCCAUCCAUUGCAUCAAUGAUUUGGGAAGAAAGAUAUCGGUGUUUGAGGAGGAAAAAGUAACUCUUGGAAGAGUUGACGUUGUGCACUUUUGUUUGUAAGAAAAAAGAAUUGGUAGCAUUAAGACAGACUGAAGUAAAUUAUGUAUGUUCCUGAAGUGUGUUUGUCAUAACAACAUUAAAAACACAUUAUUUUUUUGGCAUACAUUAGUUUACGGAAAUCUUUGAGUUUCCUCUGUCAAUGUUUUCUGCUAUUUUUGGUCAUGUUUUUCUUGAAAAUAGUAAUUAGUUUAUCAUGAAAAGUGUUAUUUCAGCUGAUUCUGUUAAGCUGAAAACUCCACAAGAAUUAUUAUACCAUUCCAGUUGUGCACCCCCUUUUUUAUGACAUUGUUUUCUAGACCGUAUUUCUUUGCAAACCUGUACAUCUCGAUUACAAAGAUAUUGUUUUAAUUCUGUGUCAACAAUCUACACUACAAAUAUUGUGAUCAAAAUAUACACUCAGUGUAAUGUUUGAAUUUUUUUAUGAAUCAUUACUUUGUAAUGUCAAUAAAUCUGAUGAAAAUAGAUGGAACAGAAAUAAUACAAUAUCUUCAAGAGCUGAUUGUCAGCCACACAGAAAACAUGCAAUAAGCUUUACAUACAGUGAAGUGUAAAAUUGGUAAAUCUGAACAUUAAAGAUAUUUUCAAGAUGUUGACUUCAGGAUUGCAGAUGAUUAGUAAAAGACAUCAAUGCUGUA